AUGGGGUCCAAGAUCAACCUCUACAUCGACCGGGCAGCCGCCUUGCACAGUGCUUUCCCUCAUCGUGAUGUCGCCAAUUCAAUCUCGAUGUCCACAGAGAACUUUACUAACAUCGCCACCAUGUCCUCGCCAGUGUCUGUCUCGAUGGCCCGUGAUAUGUGGUCCACGCUAAGCUCGUGUGAGCACCCCCGCGAGGUGGUGGGUGAGCAAAAGGCAUGCGCUACAUCCUUGGAGUCCAUGCACAAGUUCGUAGCGUCGGCACUAGGAACAAGCAGCAUCCAUGCCUUCUCCACAUCCCUCGAUGUGCCAGAGGAGGGCAUUGCCUCACCGUCGGACAUUUACAAGGUGGCGGCAGUGCGUGCUCUAACCGCCCAUGGAGCUACCAAGGAACCAUCCAACACCGUGACGUGCCACAGCUUGAGCUUCCCAUUCAUGUUGUUCUAUUGUCAUGCCGUCAACCUGACAAGGAUCUAUGAGGUCACGUUGAAGAAGGUUAAGAAUGGUGUUGUCCCUGCUGUGAAGAGAAGGUCGCCGGUGGUCCGGGCACUAGCAGUAUGCCAUGUGAACACUUCGGGGUUUGACCCCACAUUGAAUUACUGGGUGAAGCUUGGUCUCAAGCCAGGGCAAGCCUCGAAAAUAAGGAAGACAAGGUUGAAAGCACCUUCAUGCUGCGAGGCCAAGUCCAGUGAUGGGCCCAUGAACACACUCGCCACCGACGUCUCAUCUCGGGAUUGUAACUUCACGGUGCAGAACAUGGGCGACCAGGUGAGCAUCUGGACGGAGGCCUCCGGUGCUGCCGUGGCGCGGGUUAGGGACACGGUCUAG